AUGGCAGAAGCAUUCAAGUUCAAACUACUUCAAUCCACUCCUUAUUAUGCCCAGGCUAAUGGACAGGCAGAAUCAAGCAACAAGGCAAUGCUGCUAGAAUUAGAAGGGCUGGAUACUAGCAGAAUUGAUACCCUCAACAAACUCUUAGCAGGGAAGCAGGCUGUGGCAAGAGCCUAUAACAAGAGGGUUAGAAACAAGAGUUUUGAAGAAGGAGAAAUCGUCUGGAAAGCAGUUCUGCCCCUUGGAACACAUGUUACAUGGGAAGGACCUUUCAUAGUCAAGCAAGUCCUUGGAUUUGGGGCAUACAGAUUACAGGAUCAAGAUGGAGACAUCCAUGAUGUGCGAAUCAAUGGCAAAUGGUUGAAAAAGUUCUAUCCAACUAUGUGGGAUUCACAAGCAGUACAAACAUAUCCUGGAAUUGAGGGGGAAAAGGAUGGAACUAUUGUUUGA